AUGGAGUUGACAGUCAGAAGGCCUGGGAACUAUCAUUGACAAAACCUAGAUUUUCAUCUUGAAUAAAUUCAAGUUGUGGGGACGUGACAUAUCUUCCGUUACAUUUUGCUAGUUCUGCUACCUUCAACUCUACGUUUCUUUCACUCUCCAACCACAAUCACCAUUGCAUCGCAAAAUGGCCCCGCAGAACAAUAGUACACAUGCAGAGAUAUGGGACGAUUCCACACUUGUGAAUUCGUGGAAUGAAGCUCUAGAAGAAUAUGAGGUAAUAAUUCAAGCCUGAUGAUGUGGAUAUUGCUAAUAACAAACAGAAGUACCAUAGUAUUCACGCUCGGGGAGAAAAAGUUGAGAAUGUGUUGAACGCGUUUGAGAACCAAAAUAAUGGAUUGUAAGUCAUCAGUUUGCUUUGGUAUUAUGCCAUCACUGACCUCUCCUAGGGAUGAAAUGAUGGAUGAAGAUGGUGGGGAGAUCGUUGAAGAACAUGUAGAGAAGAAUAUUAUCGAGCAAGACGAGUUUAAAAAAACGGAAGAUCGUACUCCCACGGAGACCGGACCCAGAGUAAGCAUCGAAAACGAUCAUCGAUAUAUUUUGACUAAAUCUUAUCAUCCUUUAGGUUGAUGGACAACCUACCGGUAAAGCAAAAGAGAGCGAAUCUCAACCUCCAUCUUCAAAAGCUCCAACACUGCCACCUCAGUUAAUUGGCCAAGGUGAGAUGUACAAUCGCCGUUGAUACAUGUAAGGCUCAGGCUGACGUGGAAUUCUCAUACAGUUCACGAUGAAAAUCUUAAGAAUUUACUGAUGUCUUGGUACUAUGCUGGCUACUACACCGGACUUUACGAAGGCCAACAGCAGAAAGAGACCAAUAAGAGUACUUAACAAGCACAAGGUAUAGAACGAAUUCCAUAUGUAGGAACAAUCGUCACUAUUACAAGUAUCUGUGACACGGAUAGUUUGAACCAUCUGAUCUUAUUCAACGGGAAGCAUUAAGAUUUGGGAUCGGUACGAAGUCCGAGCUGUGCAUACCGUGCCAUUCUGGCAGAUGUCAAAAAAUUUGAAGGAUGAUCUUCAUGGUAGCUCAGAAGCUCCAGUGUUACAGCAGGUAUAGGCGAUAUGUAUUAUAUGGUUUCAUGAAUCAUUAUUG